GUUCACAAUAUUUUUACAAAGAGACGUGAAAUCACAUUUGCACACGAGUGCAAGAGGUCUCAUGCCAGCACGCACCUUCAGACUAGUUGUGUUGUGACACUGUGACGGGAAGUUUAGUUUUCUUCAGGUAAGCCGGGCUUGCGGAUCGAGGAGGGGGCUCCUAUAAUCCCGGUUACAUUUCCUCGCGCAUGCCAAGCAGCAAACAUUUCUUCCUCUGAGAGUUGAAGAGAGAAUGGAAGCUGCAGUUGCGUCCAACGUUUCUUCCUCUCUGGGAGUUGAGGAGAGAAUAGAAGGUGCAGUUGCGUCCAACGUUUCUUCCUCUAUAGGAGUUGAGGAGAGAAUAGAAGGUGCAGUUGCGUCCAACGUUUCUUCCUCUGUAGGAGUUGAGGAGAGAAUUGAAGGUGCAGUUGCGUCCAACGUCAAUCACGCUGCUGAGACACGGGGAAUGGACUCCGCAGACGAGGAACUAAAGACGUCAGACAUGAGCGAGACAGACGAGGAACGGGAGCUUCCCUCCGCUGUCCAGGACCUUAUACGGCGUCUGGAGAAAGCAAAGCCUUUAACCUGGCUACCCCCAUUAAGAGGGCCAGAUUUUAUGGAGUUCUUUCCGAAGGGUGAAUGGCUCUCGACGAUCACAGGGUGGCGAAGCCAAGUGCGCCUUCGAGUGCUGGAGGCAAUCGGCAGCUGCAACACCUUUGAGAACUUAGAUGUGGAUGACAUUUGUGGUGGAGAUAUAUCGAGGUUGAUGGCUAACGAGUGGGAGCUACUUUUGAGAGGUUUCAGUCGUAGCACUGUUCUACGAGCGAUAAGAGUUGAAAGAUUGAAAUGGGAAUCAGUUGGGGAAGUGGAGAGCUUAUGUUUACAGCUGGGGAGAAUUUUGCAGACCUCUAGCGUGAAAAUUUUGAUAAUAGUCAAUUGCAGAUUGAGUGCCACAUGCUUCUUGAAUCUCGCAAUAGGACUGCGAGGAAGUGACGAGUCUGAACUCGAGUAUUUAGAACUAAGGAAUGCAUGGGAGGACUUGAGUGCGGUGAGGAAUAUGGCUGACAUGAUCACCAGUGCUACUCGAUUAGAUACUUUGGAAAUUGGGGGUUCAUCGGAUCGCAUGUACGACAUGGAUGAGGAGGCCGCUAGAAUCCUGUCGCAGGCUUUAAUCCAGAGCUCGUCUGUGAAGAAAUUGGUUCUGAAAGCGGUGAAGGGCGAAGUGUCGGCCUUCUUGCUGAAGGCAUUGGAUGCAGAUGGUGGCAAUCGAGCUAUUCAAUGUCUUCAUUUAACUACCGUGUCUGGACUCGGAGACUCUUUACGAGAACUUCUGAGAUCCAACCCAUACUUGUUGGAAGUGACGUUGACCUCCAUCGAAAUGCGUCCCGAGCAAUGGAGCCAACUAGGCCAAGCCAUACGGGGGAAUGCUACAGCAGAAUCUAUUCGCGUAGUGCAUUCCAUGAUGCAUCACAAAGAUGGCUUGAAGGGAGUAGAAGAGCUUGCGUGUGCUGCUAGCUCCUAUUUCAAGGACCCCAAAGUGGAGCUGAUACUCACAUUUCGCGAUUACGAUGCAUUGAUGUCAGCACUCAACUUUGUGGGUAGGGUAUUGCGCGGGCAAAUCAAAUCUAUAAAAUCUUUGAUUUUAUUUUUGCACUGUUCUUGCCCUUCAGACAGCAACCAAAUCGUCCCCAUGGAUGAAAAUCCCGCAGAAACUACAUUGCUGAAGAGACUGAAACUAUUUGUUCAAGGGAUGGAUACUUUGAGGGAAGUAUGGAAGUACCUGCUUGUGUUAUUGCGAGAUAACACAAGUCUCACUCACUUGGAUUUGUCUGACUCCUAUCUCGAUGACGAGGCGUUCAGAGACCUGAUGGAUCUCUUGCAAGUGAACACGACUCUCCAGGAAAUAGAUGUCUCACGCACGGCAUGGGCAACGGACGGAAAGGCGGCGCUGAUACAAGAGGCACUCCGGCAGAACCAAAAGCGGGCCGGUUAUAGGGCCGUGUUCACAGAAGCCGGAUUAGCAUUAGGAGAUGCAAAAGCUGGUCGACUCUUUUUAUGCGGCUCUCCUCUAGCAGGCAAGACUCAAUUGCGUAAAACCUUGAUGAGGAUAGUUCAAGGCGAAAGUUGGCUACGAAAUAGAUUAUCCAAUUUGAGAACUACAGGAAUAGAAGUGGAGUUCUUGGAGUUCUUGCAACACAAUGAGAGAAGGCAAAUUUCAAUUUGGGAUCUUGCCGGACAAGAUAUUUUUCGUACCCUUCAAAAUGUGCUCUUCCCUCGCACCAGCAAUUUUUGUCUUUUUUUAUUUGUGUAUAGCCCUUUCUGUGAGAAAAAAUCUUCAAACAAAGAAGAUUCUUGUUUUCAGACUGAGUUGGAGGACUGGAUGAGUUUCAUCUCAUCCAACAUUAAGGUUGAUGGACAUAAUCGACCACAAGUUCUUGUUGUGAUUUCACACAAGGAUAAAUCAAAAAUUAUCAGUCUGACUUGGGCUAAGUCCAUAGUAAACAAGCUCUCUGAACCAUUUGCAGAAUAUGUGGAUAUUCAUCCGAUUCAAGAGUGUUUUCAUGUAGACGCGAGGAAGAAGAAGCAAGUUAUUCCUCUCAAGAAUCAUAUCUUUGAGAUCUUCACCAAGUUGUGGAGUGAAAAAUUUCCACAAGUUCCCAAAUUGUGUUCUCAGCUCUCGUCCCUUUUGGUUACAAACACCAAGAAGAACAGGAAGUGUCCUCUUUGGCGAUCCCAAAAGUUUCAUGAGUUCUGUGUCCCCAUCUUCACACAGUUUAUUCCAUCCUUCUCGGUUCACACCGAUGAUCAUUCAAGUAUAACAAGUUCACUGACAUCGUAUUUGAAUGACAUUGGAUCCAUCAUUCAUAUCCCCAAGCCUGAUUACAUCAUAGUGGAUCCCAAUUGGCUGACCAAUACAUUAUUGGGUAAGCUGGUAGCUCUAGGCCAAGUUUUUCAAGCUCAAAAAUCCGGGUUUUGUACACAUAACUCAUACACAAGCCAUGAUUCAAACACAAGUCAGGACGGAUUUGUGAGUGACAGUGUCUUUACUUGGUUGAUAAAGGAGUUUCUGCGAAAGCAACCUCGGAGGCAGAGAGGUGUGAACAGAGAGGUGAUUGAAGAGAUCCUUAUCAAUUUGGAUUUGUGUUUCAAGGAUGAAGAUACUUCUCAGUAUUUCAUUCCCUCCUUCAUACCUGAAAAUGCAAGCAUGGAAGAACAGAAGCUGGCUUGGGGAACCAGGAGUAUGAAGUCACAAUUUGUGGGCAUCCGGAUUCAAUGCAAAGAUGAAAGAGCAAUGUCACUAACUACUGCUUUUUUUCCAUGCUUCGAGAUGUUCCUGAGACGACAGUUGAUAUCGGAGAGGCGUGUUUCCAAGAACAAUAUUACAUGCUCACGACAUUAUUUGGGAGUCUUCCUUGAUGGGCACCAGAUAUAUCUGGAGCAAGGAACGUCCCUCAAAUACGUGGAUGUACUGAUGUUAUGCUCGGAUUGUAAGUCAAGGGAGUUGGCUAUUAAAUCAGUGAUGAAGCAUAUCGUCCAGAAGUUGAUGUCCUUUUGCGCAUCACCCCAAGGCUGUCCCGGGGUGGCGUUAGUGCUAAGUGUGAUCCAAACACGUUGCGUGGAGAUGCUGAUUCCGAGUCAUCUCAGAGGAGUCAUUCUGAUCGAGGAGCUCAAAUCAAACUUCAUUCGUGAUAUCAAUGAAAAACUUGAGGAUUUAACCUUGGUGAAAGAGGAAGAUUGGUUCAGCUAUAAGCACUCUUGGGAUGUGAUUGGAGGGCACACAGGGGUAAUUUCCGAAAGAGCUAGGGAUUUGUUGUGGAAGAGCGAUGUGGAGGUGGUGGUGAAUGAGACCAGACAGAAGCGAAUGCAACAAUUGAAGUCAUUGCAACAAGACCUUGUCCAACAACUGGAUUCAUUGCAGCAAGGUCUAAUUGAAGUGAACAAUGAUUUGAAUCAUUCUCACCCUGAAAAAGAGAAAAUGGUGAGCAGUUCAAAUUUUCCUGAUAUGAAAGACUCCAAUCGACCUUCAUCUAGGCGCUUAAGACGGGCGAGCACAAGUGUGGAAAAUCGUGCAACCCAAAUCCUUUUGGAAAGGAUGGAUCAGGUAGAAAAAAAGGUUGAUGGUGUUGAUGAGAGGAUGAAAUCAGUGCAAACCAGUGUGAAAUCAGUGCAAACCAUUCUGCAGAGAUUGGAGAAGAAGACGGAGCAGAUACUCUCUCUACAGCAAGAAUUGCAGUCAACGCGGAGUGAUUUCAUGUCUAAAGUGGACAUGAUUAUUGAGUAUUCUCAAGAAAUUCAACAUACCAGAACCCCCAAACGACCAUACAUAACAGAUGAUGUUGGAUUUUUUUAUAGGAUGAGUGCGAAACUGCAUUUUGGGAAAAUAGUUCAGUUACAUUUGAUGUGUGAGUCGGAAACUGGAUUUCACAUGGUCAAAGAUCAAGAAGGUUUGAAGAUACUCGUCGAUUUGAGUAAUCGCGCGUGGAUUAGCAAAACUAUUGAUAUCUCACUCAAAGUCAUGUAUUAUGCUUUGAAGGCUGGACUGGAUGUGACCCUCGGGUUGGGCGAAGUGAUUCCGGAUUUGGCAGAUUUAAAAUCUGAUACUGUUAGACUAGAUGGCAUUAGCGAUAGUGAUCGUAGUGCAGUGUUAAAAGGUGGGGAAAGCAUGGAGCUCAAAGAAGCAUGGCUGAGGAUUCAACAAACUCUUGCGCCCCAGCUUCGAGACAGCUAUUCGAAAAUCUUCAAGUUGUAUCAGGUGAAAUACGUGAGACCAGAAUUAGGCGGGCAUGCAUGGGUGUGCGAGGAGUGCAUGAAGAAAGGUCUUCGUUCUGGCAGUUUGAAAUUAGAAAUUUGAAGAGGUUAGAAUGUCAUUAUGCAAAUGACAAGCAUAUGUUUAGAUCCUCAUGCAAUAUGAACCUCUGCAAAAUCUUCCUUAUAGUUUUCACUUGUA